AUGAUUGAUUUCAAACUUGAAUCCCUGAGAAAAUCCUCUCCGGUAAACCAACCUUGCUACGGUAAGGCACCAGUUCAAGACGAUAAGUCCGUUUCCCCUGAGUCACCUACACAGUCUGACUUCUUAGUUGAAAACUUUGCAGCAGUUGAUAACCAGCUUAGGACCCUUAAUAGGAAAUUUGAGAUUAAUUGGAAAUGUCUAAAUUCUCACCUUAAAUCUCCAGAAAAUCAACAUAGAAGAGAUAAUUACCACCAAGCCUGUCCUGAUAAUGAAAGUCGUCAAAGAAUCUUUAACGAAUGGAAAGAUUAUAUGCGAUCUGCCAAAGUUGAAAUUUUCUACCUUGAUUUUGUUGAAAGCCGUUACAUGUCUAGUAAGCUAAAAACCCUAACUAAAGAAAAAUGGAAAUUGAUAGAUAGAUCAGUAGUUGAAGCCAGUCACCCCCCAGUUGAUACCAUAAUUAUCAACCAUAGGAAUACGCCCAUACUAGCUAGCCCUUUCAAAACAUAUGAAAAUGAUGAUGAAAGUAAAAGGUUAAUUGAGCAAAAGAAUUAUACCAACCAGAGUCUAAUUGUCAUAGGAAAACAGUUAGAUACAAUCGAAACAAAAAUUGAUAAAAUAAGUUCCCCAGAAAUUAAGUCUAAAACAAAAGUUGAAAAGCCGAUAGUUCAGUUCCAGGAUCUCCAGUCGAGCCCUACGCUUAAAAUUAAACCAACAAUGAAGAAAAUUGAAGAAAUGUUAGAACAAUUAACCCCAAGUAAAGCUGAAAAAUCUGAUCUUAAAACACUAGAUUCCUUCGCAAAUCCUUCUGAGUCCGAGCCAGAGACGACAAAUUAUGAAACCAGCAAUAUUUCAAAAAUUGAAAAUGCUUUCAGAAACUUAGAAGUCCAAGUUGAGCCCAAAGUCAAAAAAUUAGAAAAACACAUAAGCCCUACUAGUUUAACUAAGAAUUGGUAUCCUAGACCAACACCUCCAGAUAUCCAAUUCGAAGAAAGAAAUUUUCAAACCCAGUUUUCAGUUUCUUCUGAUAAAUUGUAUGAAUGGAACAUUGAUGGUCUUUCUGAGCAAGAAAUCUUUAAUAAGCUACAACACAUGUCCAUGGUUGCCAAUAGUUACAUUACCAAAAACAGUUUUAGACAGUCUGAGAUUGUACCCCUGUUAGUCACCGGAUUUACUGGUACUCUCAGGUAUUGGUGGGAUAAACACUUAACUCCUGAGUCUAAAAACUUGAUCAUUCAUGCUGUAAAACUUAAUGAAGACGGUCUCCCUAUAUUUAACGAACAAAUAGGUCAAGGUAUAGAAGACGGAGUCAAUACUUUGUUUUACAAAAUAAUUGAGCAUUUCACUGGAACCCCUAGUAAUACCAUUGGUAGGAUACAUGAUCAGUUGAGCAAUCUUAGAUGCCCUAAGUUGUCUGAUCUCAGAUGGUACAAAGAUGUCUUCAUUUCUAGAGUCGUGCUUAGAGAUGAUAGUAAUCAGCCUUUUUGGAAAGAAAAAUUUGUUAAUGGCCUUCCAAAUCUGUUUGCCCAUAAGAUGCGAACAACUCUGAGUAAUGAACAAGGUCAUAUAGAUUGGGAUAGUUUGACGUAUGGAAAUAUUAUAAGUACAAUCAACCAAGUUGGAAUGAAAAUGUGUAUUGACUUUAAAAUUGGUAAACAAAUACAGUCUGAUAGGAAAUCAGCUAAAUAUGAGUUGGGAAAUUUCUGCGAACAGUAUGGUCUUGCCAGUAUCCCUCCUUCUAGAAAAAAUAAGCCUAGCUAUCUACGAAAAAGUGUUCAGAGAGAAUCUUUAAAAGACUGA